GAGCGGAACCGCCCCUCGGCUUCGCCGCCAUGCAGGAGGGCGUGCGGCUGCGCGCGGGUGCCUCCAAGGGGGACAUCCGGGAGAAGGUGUGGGAUUACCUGGAGGCCAGCGGUCUGGCUGAGUUCCCACGGCCCGUGCAUCACCGCAUCCCUAAUUUCAAGGGAUCUCAUCAGGCUUGCUGCUCUAUUAAAGAGCUUGAUUUGUUCAACAGAGCAAGUGAAAUCAAAGUGGACCCAGACAAACCUUUGGAAGGCGUUCGGCUAGCUGCACUGCAGGCAAGGAAAACUCUGUUGGUUCCGACACCACGUCUGAGGAGUGGGCUGUUCAAUAAGAUUGUUCCACCUCCAGGUGCAGCUAAGGAAACACUGCGGAUAUGUGCUACAUCUCAGGGCAUAAAAGAGUACAGUGUGCCUGUAGGUCUCGAUGGGAAAGCACGAGUGGACUUGGUUGUUGUAGGAUCAGUGGCUGUCUCUGAAAAAGGUUGGAGAAUUGGAAAAGGAGAAGGUUAUGCAGACAUGGAAUAUGCAAUGAUGGUGUCAAUGGGAGCAGUGACAGAGGACACACCUGUAAUUACUAUCGUGCAUGACUGCCAGGUAGUUGACAUAGCAGAAGAGCUCCUUGGUGACCACGAUUUAACUGUCGAUUACAUACUCACACCAACAAGAACUAUCAAGACUAAUUGCAAACGACCAAAACCACGUGGAAUACUAUGGCAUAAGGUCAGCUGUGAGAUGCUGGGAAAAAUCCCCAUCCUUAAGAGUCUUCGGUACAGGGAGAAGCAGGCGGGCAAGGAUGUCACCCUCCAAGAUGAACAGCCAGACUUGGCAAAAGCCAACAAGUCAGCAGCGUUAAAUGAGAAGGCAAUGGCUGGAAAAACAAGACCACAGGCUUCAAUGGGCUCAGCUCAAACAGGACAACAUUCCCUAUUCCUGAAAAACAAGUUAAAUUUUGGCUGAACCAUCCUUUCUAAACAGGAGCACUUUUGCCAUCGGUGCUGGGCACGUAGUCAAAGUAAGCAUCCAAAUUGAUUUUUCUUAAACUUGGAAACUUAUUUUUUAGCCAGAGGGUACCAUUAUGUAUAUUUUAAGCAUGUUAUUAUGCCUCAGGGGUCAGACAUUUUGUACAGUAUUCAACAAAUUCUCGGUGUUAUCAUGUGCUCUGUGCAGAUGGUCUCAAGGAAAGCAUUGCUCCAACUUCUUGGAAGGUCAGCAAAGGAGAAGUUGCUGAAGAAAUAGCGCUGUGCUCUUAAAUGCUCUCUUUUCCUUCAGCUCAAGAUUAUUUUUGGUAUCACUUAGCCUGAAAUCAAAUGUAAUCACUACAGAGGCCCCUGCAUCUUGUUUCAGUAGUCGUGUGCUUCAAGGAUAAGAUCCAGGAGUCAUGUUACUACUUAAAGACACUCAUUACAUCAUUAUCUUAGAAAGCAGAGGGAAGUAAAGCAAAGAAAUAAUCAUACCUCACAACCUCCCCCUUCAUAGGAUGGCAAAUUAAGAAGAGGGAUCAUAUGAUGUUCUUUUUGACUCUCGUAAUGCCACUUGCUUUGGUGAAGAUGCUGAGAUGACCUUAGCAGUUACAAGGCAUUAUCCCACCAAUGCAAGCUUCAGUCAUCUCAAACAACUUUGUGUGUAUUACAGAUUGAACUAGCCUUCCCUGGUCACAUUUGUGGGAAAUUCAUCUCCUGCCUUGUUUCCUCGUAUUAAUGACCAAAGUUUUGGCACAGAUAAGAUUAAGCACUGUUGACCACUUUGAGUUUUAUUAGGAAAAAAUAAUGUUGUUUUUCUUUUAACUAAGGCAAAGAAAUCAAAAGAAAUGUACAAGUGGCAAGUGCUUUGUAUUCAUACUUGGAGGCACUCCUAAGAAUUCUUCUAUGCUAACCUUGGUCAUCAGUUUUUUCUUUGCUGGAAGCCACAACACAGAGCUCAAUGUCAGCUGACCUCCAAAAGCAAUGGAACAGUAGAAAUCAUAAUGGUUUUCUCUGUAUUUUGAUAGUAAAAGUUUAUAUGCUGGGGGUGUUGGAUGUAUUUGCUUUGCUCUUAAUGCUGUAUGCAGUCAGUGGCCGGUUUUGUCUGGACAAGCAUAUCUAGAUAGAGCUUUUUUCAGAUGACUUUCCUCUUUGCAGUUGUGGCUCUGUGUGCAACCUGUAGCAUGAGCUGUUAGACUGCUCUGCACGUAGCUGAUUCUCUGCAGCUAUCUUCUGGCCUCUCACUUUUUUGAAUGCAGUUCACAAUCCAAACCACACUGCUGGAAAGGUGUUAACCAGACAGAGGUAUGUAAUUGUAAUUAGGCUCUGAGGAGAAAAGUAAUUACUAUAAGCUUAGGCUAAUGAGCCGUCCGUUAGCGUUUUGAAUGGACUGGAAUCAUGUUAAUGCAGUGAUAAUUUCCAAGUUGAGCAAGUUGUUAAUAAAUUGCAAGAUCAUUUGGGCAUCAGCAAAUCAGAGUAACUGUGCUGUGAACAAGCUCCUUUCUGUUGUCUGCUGCAAGAGCAACAGCCUGCAGGAAGAAAUUAGUGCAGGCUGCUGCUGAGAAGAGCCUGAAGCUAUAGAAAGUUCACCGAGGCUCAGAGCACCUGUAGAGGUUUAUAGUUUGCAUGAAGGUAAGCAGUAGUCCUCUGAAAUAAGGCUUGGCUUCCCCACAUUCCUGCUGUCUUGGGGUGGCCUCCUUACUUUCACAAGGGUUUUCUCCUGGCAAAUGUGGCUGAAGAACAUAACCUCUCCCCUCUGGAGAUGAAAAACCAUAGGGAAUCCUAUCUCAUCUGUGCAUUGCUAUUGCAUUCCCACAGUUGAAAACAAGAAGUGAUUUUGUAGGAACUUAAGGAUUUAUAUUCUGCAAUGACAAGGGAAAAAAAAAAAAAGCAGCAUAACUUGCAGCAAAGCAGUUCUGUAAGCUUACCUGUGAGAAAUUGGGUGCAUCUCAUGCUUUCUGAAAUGUGUUCUGUAUUAACACAGUUGGUAGGAGUUUGACCUUGUGCAUGCUGAAGCCUGCGUGAUUUCUGUCUUGAAGCAAGAGAAGCUGUGUUAAGAAUGAGGCUCUUACCACUGCUUAGGAAGCUGGUCUUCUUUAGCUAAGUGACAUUUCAAUGCAAGAUGCUCAAUUGCUGUUUAAUUAAGCAACACAAGACUACCGAAGGCGCACGCCUACAUGACUUUCUGGCAUCUCCAACUGUGUGAUGUGGAUUUUUUCUUACAGGCUGACCAAGUUCCUGCUUGGGUAGGCAGCAGAUUUUGAAGAAAGAGUGAAUGGGGCCCAGUUUGCAUCUCUUAGGUCUAUUGUUUCAGGCUCUCUGCACGCUCAGGAAGACAUGGGUUGUACAUGAGUCACUUCUGACUUUUCUCUCAAUCCACAAAACUCUGCAAUGUAAUACUUUUCAGUGAAUCGUUGGACUCUGAUCUCAUAAUGAAACUCGAGGAACUGAAGUCUGCUUGUUUUUUACUUUGGCCCAGAUCAAGACUGUGCAAGAUAUUUUACUAAGGAUCAAGCCACAGAGUCAAUGCCCUAGGGGAUUUACUGUCUGAAUGAACAAGCUUUAAAGAUGAGAACCUUUACUAAAGCAAUAAUUCUUCAUUUUCUGCCAGUUGUAGUUGUGGCCCUGCUGCUAGCACCUAGGAUGGCUGCAUAGACAUGGAUACGUCGCCUCAUCUCAGGUGCCUACCACUGCACACAGCCCUUCUUUAUUGCAGUGACUAAAGCACUAGUCUGGGACUUCCAAAGCUUCAGGGCUUCAGCCCUGGUCUCUGUAAACACCCAGAGCAAUGGUGAAAAUGCACAUCUUGUCCAUUAACCCCCGUUCCCCUUCUGUAUGAAGGGCUGAGGUAUCUUCAUAUUUGAAGACUCCCACGCUAAAACCAUCCGCAAUGAGAAAGAAGUGCCUGGAUGUUGCAUAAAAUUCUAAAACGCCUUUGAUUAAUGGAUAGCCUGCAUUCAAUAGGAAAUGAAGUGAUCCCUAACGCAGACAGAUUUCAGCCCAUUUGCAGCAGCAGCAGCAGAAGAGCCUGUGUUUCGCUGCUGUGCGAUGAGAAGAAAAGUUCAGCAGUACAAUGGGAAAUACUUUACUGAGCCAACUUUGUUCCGAAGUAAUUAAAAAUGAGGUCUUUCUAUUCUC